UAAUUAACCUCCUCGUUAUCUCGUUUUUAGCGUUCCUCUUCUCUCUUCUAUUUGUCUCAACAAUUUUGACUUGAGAAAAAAAAAAUUCAAAAAAUACCUUAACCAUUAAAUAAGACUGUACAGAUCUUCUGUACACCAAACCCUAUUUCAUUGCAAAGGGCUUUUGCUUAUUAAACCUUUUUUUUUUCUAUCUCCUAAUUCCUUUCUUCUUUUCAUUAUUUUUUUAGAGAUCAGAUUUUGGAUUUUUAAAGAAACCAUCAGAUUGAAGAGUCAGUUAAUUAUUAGGGUUUUUGUUCCGGCUUUUCGAUAUUGAGUGGUAAUUUUGAAGUGUAGAUAAAAUGGAUGCUUCUGAGGAUCUUAAACAAUUUGGCGAUGCGUCUACAGGAUGUGCAGUAUUUGAUGCGUCACAAUAUGCAUUUUUUGGAAAAGAUUUUCUUGAGGAAGUUGAAUUGGGGGGAUUAGAUGAUGAUGAUGAUGAUGAGGAGGAGGAGGAGGAGGAUUUACCCACAGUUGGACUUGAUGAGGAGGAGUUUUUGUUUGAUCGAGAGGAAGGUGAAGUUUUGAGAUCCUUAUCAGACAUUGAUGAUCUUGCUAGUACAUUUUCAAAGUUGAACACAGCUGUUAGUGGACCAAGAGGCUCGGGGAUAAUUGGUGAUAGGGGAUCCCAAGAAAGUUCAUCUAUUGCUGAAUGGGCACAUGGGCAGGAAUUUCCUUACUGGCUUGAUCAGCAGGCUCUUGAAACUGAAAGUAUUCCCACAGGCAAACGCUGGUCAUCACAACCAUCACCCAAUUUGGACUCAAAGCAUCUCUACAGGACGUCAUCAUAUCCUGAGCAGCAGCAGCAACAACAACAACAACAACAACACCAACAACAUCAACAUUUCUCUAGUGAGCCAAUUCUAGUUCCAAAAUCAUUUCACACUUCAUACCCUCUACUCAGUGGCAGAUCUCCUCAAGCUUCACCAACCCAACAUUCUGGUCACUUGAAUAUUCCAUAUGUGGUUGGUGGAUCACAGAUGACAUCUUCGCCCAAUUUCUCUGCCUUCUCUAAGUCUCAGCUUCAAAAGCCAAGUUUACAUCAUGGGUCACAUUAUGGUGGGAACAUGCCUCAGUUCGCUCCUGGUCUGUCUGUCAUUAGUCGACCAUCAAAUCAAUGGGGGAGCCAGCCAAAAUUAUAUGCUGGAGAUAAUUCCAGUGUUUUGAACAAUAUGUUGCAACAACAGUUAUCUCAUCAAAAUGGUUUGAUUCCGCCACAAUUAAUGCCACAGCUGCAGGCACCCCAGAAAAGACUGCAGCAUCCUGUUCAGCCAUCGUUUAACCAUUUGUCAGGGUUUCAGUCACAAUUAUAUAAUCCUCAUCUUUCUCCGUCUCCACCUCUAAUGAACAAUUUUGAAGCUAUACUUGGUAUUGGUGAUCUGAGAGAUCAAAGACCAAAAUCAGCUCAGAAAGAGAGGCAGAAUCCACGAAUUUCUCAGCAGGGCUUUGAUAGCAGUGGACUGAAGAGUGAUAUUGGAUGGCCUCAAUUUAGGUCCAAAUACAUGUCAACCGAUGAGAUUGAGGGCAUUCUUAGAAUGCAGCAUGCUGCAACUCACAGUAAUGACCCUUAUGUGGAUGAUUAUUACCACCAGGCUUGUCUUGCAAGAAAAUCUGCUGGGACAAAGUUGAGACAUCAUUUCUGCCCAACUCAUCUUAGGGAUCUUCCUCCUCGAGCACAUGCAAAUACUGAGCCACAUGCUUUUCUCCAGGUUGAUGCUCUUGGGAGGGUUCCUUUCUCUUCAGUUCGCAGGCCUCGUCCUCUUCUUGAAGUUGACCCUCCAAAUUCAUCAGCUGUUAUCAAGAAUGAUCAGAAAGCUUCUGAUAUGCCCCUGGAACAAGAACCAAUGCUUGCUGCUAGAGUUGCAAUAGAGGAUGGUCUAUGCCUUCUACUUGAUGUAGAUGAUAUUGAUCGGUUUUUACAGUUUAAUCAGUUGCAGGAUGGUGGAGCACAGCUAAGACAAAGACGACAGGUUUUAUUGGAAGGGCUGGCUGCAUCACUUCAAUUGGUUGACCCACUUGGCAAGAAUGGCCACACAGAUGAGCUUGCUCAAAAAGAUGAUCUUGUGUUUUUACAAAUAGUUUCCCUUCCUAAAGGCCAGAAGCUGCUUGAAAGGUACCUUCAGCUUCUUCUUCCAGGUGCUGAGCUUAUGCGAGUUGUCUGCAUGGCCAUUUUCCGUCAUUUAAGGUUCUUGUUUGGAGGCCUUCCCUCUGAUCCAGGAGCAGCAGAAACUACUAAUAACCUUGCAAGGGUUGUGUCCUCAUGCGUGCAUGGCAUGGAUCUUCGUGCACUUAGCGUCUGUCUUGCAGCUGUGGUUUGUUCCUCAGAACAGCCCCGUCUUCCUCCUCUUGGAAGUCCUGCUGGAGAUGGGGCAUCUUUUAUUCUGAAGUCUGUUCUUGAUAGGGCAACAAAACUCGUGAUUGAUUUAAGAGCUGCUGGCAAUUACAAUAUGACCAAUCAGUCCCUUUGGAAGGCCUCAUUUGAUGAAUUCUUUAACCUUCUUACCAAGUAUUGCAUAAACAAAUAUGAUACUGUGAUACAGUCCUUGCGUAUGCAGGUCAAACCAAAUACGGCAAGUGAAGAAUCAGAUGCCACCAAAGCUAUAAAAAGAGAAAUGCCAGUUGAUCUUUUACAGGCAUGUUUACCUCACAUUAAUGACCAGCAGAAAAAGCUGAUAUGGGAUCUCUCUCAACGGUCUAUGCUUGUAGGACAGUCAUGAUAAGUAAGUGGUACCUUGGAGAAGUUUAAAUUCACACAUGUUUGAGACUGCCACGUUGAAGUACAAUAUGGAGCAAGUGAUGCCAUGUGCUGAAAGGAAUUCAAUUAGCUAUAACUAUUUCACGCGGCUAUGAUGGAGCACCCACAAUUGUUUCAGGUGAAGGUCCAAUGAUAUUUAAAGUAAAGGUCAAUUUAGCACCUUUCAGAUUUGAGUUUUAUUAGUUGAUGCGUUUUUAUCUUUAAUAAUAUGCUGCUUUAUUUAGCCAAACAUUUAAGUGGUUCUGUGUAUUAUGAUAGAACCGGGCUAGGAUAUUUUCCUUGGGUCCUAUCCUUGCAUUGGAGCUUAUUUUGAUGCUCUGUUGUGAAAUUUCUGGUAAGGAGAUGUAUUGGAUUAGUAUAUACAGGGUCUGAUCGGAAGAUUUCCCGCAUUCCGACUAUUAUUUUUUAAGGAGGUGGGAUGGAUCAUGUCUUGGUCUCUGUCUGAAUAGUCACCGGGCAAUGUAGCAGACACUGAUUGAAGGCAUGCAGAUGUUGCUUGUAGCUUGCAGGGAGGUGUGUUAGUGUUGCCUUCUCAGCUAGAAUGGUGAAUUUAACUUUACUAUUUGUUGCUUUUGAUUUGAUAUUUCUGUUCUUCCGCGAAUUUAUUGUUUGUAAUCUUUUUUCACUUAUAGCAAAGAAAGGCUGUUCAUAUCUCAGUUCUGCAUUUUGGCAUGGGGUGUUGUUAUGAAGGCUAUAAUUCUCCUGAGCCUUUUAAAGCCUGCCCUGAACUAAACUGUUUUGCCCUUUUAUUUUUGCAUAGAUCGUGGAUGACUCACCGUUCUUUGCAAGGAUGAUUUACCCUUUUAUUUAUUUUGCAAUUCUUUUUGUCAGAAGUUCAAUGUGGUGUACUCGUAAAAUUUUGUUCAAUUCGUAUUUAGGCAUUAAAAAUCAUAAAAUAUGUAUCAUGUUUGGACCUAUAAAGAGUUGACAUCUGCCGUGACAGGUUGGCUUUCUUGGG